AUGCCUAAGAGCAGAUCCUUUUUUAUCAGAGUUUCGCUAGACUUGUGCUACGCUCUUGGCAUUCAAAAGAACCCCGACCUUUUACCAAAUGUUUCUGAGCUAAAUAAAAAAUUAUACAAGAGAAUUUGGUGGUCCCUUUUUAUCACUGAUACGGUUUACUCAUUUGUUUUUUGUAAACCAUGGUCAAUUAAUGAGAGCGUCAUUUCUGCUGUUCCAAUGAUAACAAAAGAAGAUUUGAGAGAGGAUCCUAAUGAUCCAUCUGAUGAUCAAACUUACGAGACCUUGUAUUUCAUAAAUCGAGUCAAACUCACCAUAUGCAUUCGUAAAAUUUGUGACAAUAUGAACCAGAUGAAUCGUCAGCCACCAAAAGCGGGCGUUCCCCGCUCAAAUUGCAUGGGGGAAUGUGAACAGAUGAUGAGAGAGUGGAUCGAGCAAUUGCCGACUUCCUUACUCUUCAGGAUAAACUCUCCAGCAAAUAAUGCCUUCAAUGCAUCUCUAUCGUUAGAGUACUACAGUAUUUUACUCUUACUAUACAGAAUGUAUUUUUUGAAUUCUUUGAAGCCUCAAAAUAAGGACCAGAGUUUCUCAUCUUGGGGUAUUGUUUUUAAAGCUGCACACAUGGUUGCUUUGAUUGCGAAAUAUGCCCUUGAAAACAAUUGCAUUUCUUUCUGUCAAAUGUUGCUACCAUUUGCGAUGAACAUCGCCGGAUUGAUGAUGAUUUAUCACCUUUAUAAUAAGGACAAAAAGGUACAUAAUAUUGUCAAGCAGGAUAUAGAGAUUUUUUUGGAGGUACUCUAUGGUGUUUCAUACAAGUAUUUCUAUGCCCGUCUUACUUAUUUCUAUUUGAAGACUAUCUAUGAAGAUAAGUCUAUGCAAGCCAAGAUGCUAAAUGCGAUGUUACAGGAAAACCGGUUGCCUGUUCCAAAAAUAACGGCAACUGAGCUUUCGAAUGAUGAUGAUAAUACGAGCUACCAAUCUGUUCAUACAAGGGCAGAGAAAAAUAAUAGCAAUGAAGUGAACGUUGGUCAUGGGAUCGACGAAGAGCAACAGAAUUGUAUUCUUGGUAAAACUACUAGUAUUAUUGGUGCCAAAGCAGAACAACAAUCAAAGGGAGAGAUAUCAAACGAUGACGAACUUAAAGCUUCUUUGACCAAUGUUCCUGUGAACUCAAUAUUGUAUAAUAACAGCCACAACCUCAGAAUGCCAGAAAUAAUGAGUUUUAACACAGCACAAAAACUUCCGAAUGGUAAACGAAGAAGUUUGGAAUCGAGAUCUACUUCCAUGUCAUCUACUAGUGCCUUUUUGAACUCGCAUUCCCAGAUUCUGCCGCUUCCUGUAAUGGAAAAUCAGAUGUCCUCGUCUCAAAGUCCUCUUCCAUUUGUGACCACCCCAAGCAACUACAGCGCUCAAUAUGGUCCUUCUUUUAUCCCGCCGAAUAUUAUACCUCCACGAGAUCCGCCUUUCAUGAACUUCAGACACACCCCUAUAGAGGUCAAACCCAGCCCAAUGCUGAAUCUGAAUCUGCGCCCUGCACAACAGCACGUAACACCAGCUAUCACAACAAACAUCGGUCUCGCAGAUAACAUGCGAUCAGGGACACCAGGAUUGUUUCAAGCUCCCCAUGAUGUUGCUAACGUCAAUAACGUUUCCAGUUUUGCACAACCAAACCUUGUUGAUUCUCCGUCUAGAUAUACCCCUGAAAUUCCAAAUGUACGACAUAAUCCCUCCGAUAACAGUGCAAAUGUAAACUAUAACCAUAAUAUCUACCCUCCACCAGUCACUAGCCUGAGAAACAAUAUGGCCAAUAACAACAAUAACCAGCUCAUGGUACCCGUUCCUCAGAAUGCUGGCAGCGAAUCUGCCAACGGCAAUACCGAAAAUAUCAAGCAAAGAGCCUACUAUGGUGACAGCCAUCACGUGCUAAGCCAGAAAUUUGAUCUAGUCAUGCCCCCAGAUGUGCUUCCUGGCAUUGAUACUUCGAACUGGCAUCCAGAGUUUGAUACCUCGUUGCUUCCCUUUUCUGAAGUCGAUCAAAUCCCGCCAACCUUUGAUUUUGACAUGGACUUACCACUUUGA